AUGGAUGAGAACAUUGAAAGUCAGUCGUUUUUUGGCACGUGGACACGUGAACAGGUCGUUUCUUAUGUGAGCUUUGCCUACGUGAUAAUCUCAAUCCUAAUGGUCCUCCUCUGGUCAAUGUAUCUCUGCAUAGAUGGUCGAAGGAAUCCAAAAAAAGACACGAGAGUCAUUCAUAUGCUUGCCCAGAAUUCUUUUUUUCGAAGUGUCCCAUGA